AUGCAGCCGCCCAACAUGCAGCAACAUCAGCCCCCCCAGCAGUGUGCUCCCGUUCCCUACGGGCAGCACCAAGCUCCAGCUCAGUUCCAUCCACAGCAGCAGCAGCAGCAGCAGCAGCCCCAGACUAUGCCACCGCAGCAGCAGCAGCUGCAGCAACAGCCAUCACUGCAGCCGCCGCCGCAGCAACAGCAGCAGCAGCAGCAGCAGCAGCAGCAGCCGCAACCUGAUGCCACCUCUAGCAGCAGCAGCAGCAGCAGCAGCAGCAGCAGCACCAUACCCGUAGCAGCAGCACCACAAACAGCAACAAAAACAGCGGACCCAGCAGCAGCAGCAGCAAUGCUAGCGACAACAGCAACAGGAACAACAGCAGCAGCAGCGUCAGCAUCAGCAUCAUCAUCAUCAGCAGCAGCAGCAGCAGCAGCACCAACAGCAGCAACAGCAGCAACAGCAGCAGCAGCAGCAGCAGCAGCAGGAGUUGUAUGCAUGUGUAUAUUGUGCAGGCUGCAAGUAACGGACGGGCAGCUUUUCUGUCGCAUUGCUUCAGCCCAGCCUCCCCCGCUGCCGCCAGAGCAGCAGCAGCAGCAGCAGCAGCAGCAGCAAGAAACCCCACAGGCUGUUGAGGCGCGUAUGUCUUUAGCAGCAAAUCAACUGAGGGGCAGACUGCUGCUCUUUGAACGACUCAAUCUCGCGCUGACACCCAAUGCAUAUCAGCGUAGCUCCAGCAAGCAGCAGCAGCAGCAAGCAGCAGCAGCAGCAAGCAGCAGCAGCAGCAAGCAGCAGCAGCAGCAGCAGCAGCAACAACAGCAGCAACAGCAGUAG